AUGAUUAAAAGCAAAUUUUAUUAAUUCUUAAUUUUAUUGUCUGUUAGCUUAAUCUAUUGCUAAUAGCCAUAAAACUGGCUCUUCUCGCCUUAGUAUAGUUAUAUUAUUAAUGCGAAAGAUCAGCAAAGCUAAUUUUCGAAAAUCAAAGUGAGUACUAAAACUGGACUUAUAUUUGUCUCAUAAGGUGAUGCAGGUAUAAUGGUGGUAGAUCCCUAAUAACAAUUUUAAGUUAUUGCUAGUUUUGCUACGACUGACAACAUCAUGGGGUUUACUUAAACCAAAGAUUCUAAUUACCUUUUUAUGAGUAACAAUGGUUAUCUAACUGUAUUCGAUUUUUCCGACAGAAAAAACUUUGUUUAAGUAGCCUAAGAUACUAGUAGAGUUUUCAUUGUUGAUGUAAAAAUGAGCCCAGAUGAAUAAAAUUUGUACAUCUUUUAGAUUAACGGAAAUGUGAGAAUACUAGAUAUUUCUACCAAAACAUCGCCUUAAUACGUUGGAAGUAUUACUUGGUAGAAAAGUUAAAUAUAUACAGGGUUGGUUACUCCAGAUGAAAACUUUAUACUUUUAUGCCAAGAUAGCUAUGGAUUAGCUAUAUUUGCCUUAAAUAAAUCUCCAGGCUCAGUAACUGGUACUCUAGCUGCCUCAUUUCCAGGGCUUACGCAAGGAUAUUCUCAUAACGUAAUACUAACUCCAGACUCAAAGUACAUAAUAAAUUUAGACUAAAGAAAUGGUUUAAGCAUUGGAGAUUUUACAUAGAUUACUUCCGCUAAUCCUAGCAGUUAUCCUUUGACUGUAAAUUACUUCUUAAACUAGUGGUGGCCAUCUAGAGUUACUAUUCCUUCUCCUUAUUCUUUUUGUUUAAGUAAUGAUGGAAACUUUCUUUUCUUAGGAGUUAGAUCUAUAGGUAUUUAUACUAUAGAUAUAACAAAUAAACAAGCCCCAAGUGUUUAUUAAUGGUCAUAUUUCCCAUUCCAUGGAAACGCAAUCGCACUAUCACCCACUGGUAAUUACCUCUAUUUUUCUAAUGCUGUCUCUCUAAUGAUUUUCAGAAAAACUGUUCCAAUAAUCGGGUAAAAAUAUGUUAGUCUGUAUAAUACUCUUCAAACAAGAGGUUUUGAUAAAUCUAACACGAAAUUUUAUUGGAGAUGUGAUUAUGACCCAACUAGAUAAGCCUACAUUGGCGGAUUUAAUACUGAUGGUCUGUGGGUAUUAGAUGUUAGUGAUCCAACCUAAUUUAAUAUUUUAAAGCAACAAUAUAAACCACCUGGCCAAAGCGCUCCUAUUGAUUCAUUUUACUUUAAAGAUUCGCACAAAACCCUAUUAGUUUCAAUGAACGAUGGAAUUAACUUCUUAGCUGUUAUUGAUGCAUCUGAUUAUACAAAUCUCUAAAUCAUAUAGAAGGUUCCUUUAGGAUAACCUUUCCCUGGUUACAUCAAAGAUGUUGAUAGCAACAAUGCUGAUACUCUAUUAGGUUUUUCGAUGGAUAGGACUAUAGUUUUUGUAGACACUUCAGUCUUAGGAAGCUACUUUGUGCUAGCAAUUUGGAAUUUUUUACCUUCUAUGAAAGGCUUUACUACUGGUGUUAUGAUAUCUAGGAGUGAAAAACAUUUUGUUGGUGCAUGUAGAGGAUAUGGAUAUUUUGUACUUGAUAUUUAGGACUUUAAUAACAUCUAAUUGGUAAACUACGUUAAUUCUAAUGGUGCUGAAUAGGUUUACAUGUCUGUUGCUUUUGCAUACCAAUAUUACUUAGUAGAUGGACUUGGUGGUCUUUAUAUAAUGGAUCAAACUAAAUUACCAGAGUUAGUAGCAUUUUCUUAAGUUGUUGUCGAUGGAUGGACAAACGAUGUGACCUACUUAAAAGGUGAAAAAACUGUAAUCAUUUCAACCUUACAAUAGGGCAUGAUUUAUUUAGUGGAUAUAUAUGACAAUAAAAACCCCUUCAUAGUCUCAAGCUUUUAAUAUGGAGGUCAAAAUGGACUUUUCACUUGUGCAACUGAUGAUUUCACAAGAUUAUUUAUAAACAAUAAUGUCAUGAUGAGGUAAUUACCUAUGAGUGUCACUGCUUAUCUUCACACAGAUUAUAUUUAGAUUUUAGGAUAUAGUCCAUAAGGAGAUAUGCUUUUUACAAUUAUCAAUGACCCUGAUAAUUUUUAAUUUUCUGUAGGCUAAACUAUAAAGAUCAAUUUAUGUUAUCUGUAUCAACCAUUAGAUUUAGUUGUAAGUAGAGUAUAACUCUACCAAAAAUAAGUAGCAUAUCCUUUACCAUACUGGAUAUCAUAUAAUCCAGUUGAAGUAUCAUUGCAAAUAUAAAUAUUGAAAGAAGCAGUAGAUCCAACAAACCUUGACCAGCCUUUAUUAAAUACUAUUGUAUUAACCUCUCUAAAUCCUCUUAGUAGUAGCGAUUUUACAUUCACUGUAGGCAGUUGCUAAACUAAUUCUGCUCAAGCAACUUCUAUUUUUAAUUAGCUUUAAUCAGCUGGUACUAUCGAUGAAAAUAAUCUAGUUUCUCCAGAUUUACACUAUGACGACUAUGAACAAAUUACAUUUUCAGAUACUACCCUUUUUCCUAACACUAGUGGUGCUUAAAAAACUUAUAAUACCUGCGUUAGUGGCUUAGUGAAGUUCGCACUUUUGAAUUCUAUUCAGUUUACUCCAAUCUAUAUGAGAAUUUAUCCUUCAUUAGACCUUAUUUUAGAUAAUUCUACCUAAGAUUACAUCUCAACUCAAGCUCAAAUAGUUAAUAUAAUUAUAGAAAUACCGAAAUUUUCUGGUAGAUUCAUCUAUGUAAACUAACCUUCAGUGAAUAUUUAGGUUAACCAAGAAGCAAACAUAUUAAGCAUAACAGGGUUAUUAGCAAAUGUUAAUUCAUUUUUGAGAAAAAAAAUUAUUAUUUUCCCAGUACCACCUUUGAAAUACUCUUAAAUAAUAGCAACAGUAACCGUAUCUGACUCUAUGAAUUAUCCUGUCGUAAAAAAUCUACCUGUUUCAUAAUUCCCAUUCUUAGUGUAAAAGUAAAAUAUUGAAGUUAACCCCAAAAAAACUCUACAAAGCUAAUUCAGUGAUAAUAUCUUUAUCUUAACAUAAUUUGGUUUCACCAUAGAUCCUUAGUCGUUUAUAGUUCCUGACUUUAAUACAACUAUUACCUAUAAAGUCCUAAUCAGUAAAAACAACAAAUUUUAGCCUUUUGAUAACACAGACUGGCUUUAAUACAAUUCUGAUGGAUAAAACUUUUAUGGUAAUCCCCCUUAAACUGCUUUUUAGAAAAGUUAUACUGUUUAAGUUACUGCAAGCGAUGGAUUUACUAAAAUUUCAGAUACUUUCACAGUGCAUGUAAAUCAGCUUCCUGUUCUAUUUGUAAUAUAAUGGAUAGCCACUAUUCUUGGUCCUUUGACUGGAGCAUUAGGUGCCUAUAAAUUUAGAAAUGUAUUCUACAACAUCCUUUACCACAAGAAAACUAGAUACAGUACAAUAUUAUGUUAACCAAACGAGUAAUUUUACCUUAAAAUACCACUUAUCUUCAAUGAACAGAAAGCUGCUCGUCAAAUAAUCAAGAGCUUACUAAAGAUACUGGAACAUAAAAAAAUAACAUAUAACGAUAUUGUUCUAAACAAAGUCGAUAGUGGUUCUUAACAAUUAAACUAAGUUUAGGGAUAAAAUCUUAGAAAAUUAGUCUCACAAUAAAGUUAAGUUAUUUUUGAUGGCAGUGUUAAUGAUAUUUAUUCUUUGAGUUAAUUUAUGAGAAAAAAACUGCCUUCCCUUAAAAAUUCUAGUAAAAAAACUAAGAUAGAGGUUUUUUACCUGAAAUAAAAUGGAGAUUUUAAUUUUGAAGCACUUAAAUAGGAUCUCACCACUUACGAUAUUUAGUUCAUUCUAAAUAGUGUUUAGACAUCCACUAAAACCUUAAAAGAAGAUUUUGAAGAUGAAUAUAGUACAAUGGGUAUUUGUAUUAAAUACCAAUUAGUCAAGUCCUUAAUCAAAAUGGAUUAAAAAAGUUAUCAAAUUUACAAGUAUAUCAAAAAAUACUCGCUUCUACUUAAUCCUUAGUUAUCAGAAAGCGACUGGUACAAAUACUACCUAUCAAUAGAAUCUAAUGAAGACUUAGAUAAGUAAGGUCGUAUUUAUACAUUCCCAUUUUUAUCACUCAAAAUCAAUCAAUUUUUAGAACCAUUCAUAAAGCUACGUUUGAUUGAUCAAGAAAAAAUAUCAAUCUUAGACUAAGAAAAUAUUGGAGAUAUAGAAAGGUAAAGUAUCUACAAUUCAGUUUCAAGCUAAGGAGUAAAUUUAUAUCUUAUAGAGGAAGCUAUGAGGGGAAAAGCUUUUGGAGUUACAAAUAAAGCAUCUAGCUCGAUAUUCCCUAGCUAUGGAGAAUCAGUUCAUCUUGAACCCUAUUAAAUUUCAAGUUUAGUUGCACUCAGAUAUGCACCAGGAGAAAGUUUGAAGUGGCUAUAAAAGCUUUUAGGAUUAGACUAUAAACCUUAUGGUCCUAAAGGUAACAUGCAGUUACCAAGUUGGCUUACUUUAGAUAUGCAGUAAGGGUUAAUUCUCAUGAAAGGAGUACCAGAAUUGUAGAAUGUUGAGGAUAUUCUUAUCAGAAUCUAUACACAAUCUUAAUGUAUUAUUAGACACUUUGUUCUAAGGGUAGAAGAAAAUCAAGCUGAGGUCAAAAAAGUUAGAGAAGAAUCUCAUUCUAGGCAUGAAUAUUCUAAAAAGGGAUAAAAAUAAAGAAGGAAAAAUUCUUAGUAAAUUGAAGGAUCUUAAUAAGAUUCCCAAGAAGAUCUUUAUAAAGAUCCUAACGGCUCUCCUUUUUCUAAAGUUUUACCUAGACCUAGUAUAUUUUUAUCUGCCUAAACAAAAGGUUCUCCUUAAACACCUUUAUAUUAGAUGGAUGGUUUUAAAGAAUAGAGUUAAUUUGUAGUAAAUAAAUCUAAAGAUAAAGAUAAUCAUAAUGAAGGUGAUGAUGAUUUAAUGAAAUAAAUUGAGAAUUUAGAAUUGUGA